AUGGAAGUAGGCGGUCGUCUUGCAUCACAAAAUUCCUUACAUAGUCGUAACCGUAGCACUAGCGGUAACGGUGGUAAUGGUAAUGAUAAUAUCAGUAUGGUUAGACAAACUUCUAGUAGAGGAUAUGAAGGAAGUUCUGAGGAUACACAACGAAACCCCGUAAAGGUUUCUUAUAAUCGUCGUCGUUCACGUUCAUGGCAACGUCAUGCGCAAAAUUUGGAACGGUCAGGACCACAAAAAGGUUUACCACCGAUAUAUCGCGGGAAACGAUGGCAUCGUCGAUUAAUGAAAAAGCAAGGUCGUAUGGGUGGCACUACUGAUGCAUCACUAACUAAUCCGGUUAACACAUCUAUUAACAGUAAUCCGAGUAUUAAUGUCAAAUUACCCGAACAACAACAACAACAAAAUCAAGCAGCUAUCACGACAAGCGGUGCAACAAAUGAAAAUUGUCACAAACAGCAACAAAAGGAGCAACAUGACCAGAGUACCAUUGGACCGUCUAAUGAAAUGAAAUCGAGUAGCUUAGUCAAAACAUACGUUACUAAUGCUAAUAUUAAAUUAACCUUUCAGGUGCAAUUAGCACAUGGUAGUCCAACUGGUAUCAUUAGUGGCUUUAACAACAUUUUCCAGUUAUAUCAGGCAAUAGCAAAUUGUUAUGAUGAAAUAUCUAUGGAUGACAUUUUAUUUUGUACAGUUAAUACGCAUCGAAUUUCCAUGGAUGCUUUGCUUUGUUCAAAUUUAAAUACCAAUGAUUUUAUUUUUGCACAUAUUGCGGGGCAAAAGAAAGAAGUAACACUGGUCAAAACUGAACCAGCAUUGGGUCUGACAAUAACGGAUAAUGGAGCAGGAAAAGCAUUUAUCAAACGAAUCGUUCCUGGUACCGUAACGUCAAAAGCAAAACCGGCACUUGAGGUCGGCGAUUUUAUUGAAAAAAUAGAUGCUGAAAGUAUGGUUGGACGAAGACAUUUUGAUGUUGCACGACGUUUGCGUAUGCUACCUGUUGGCUCAACGUUCACUAUGCGAUUGGUUGAACCAAAACGGUCAGGGUUUAACUUUAUAGCUCCUUACAGUAUACCAAAGCGUAUACGAUCAAUUUUGGGUGCAAAUGAAACAAUACGGUUUAAAGCUGAUGGAACGAUAGUUGUACAGGAAAUGCCAAAUGCAUUGAUAAUUAAUAAGAUGAAUGAGAUAUUCGAUUCAUAUUUUGGUUUUCACGACAAUGAUUUGGCACAAACAAUAUGGGAAAUGAUUUCAUCAUGCAAAAACUUCAAUGAUCUUAAAAGUGUUUUGAAAAAGUCAGAUAUGAACGACUUCAAUUUUCCAACAGAACUUUAUUUUGAUCUGUGGGGUUUGGUGGAUGAUUAUAGAAAUGGUCGCCUUGGAAAAGUUGAAAUGCCUGCGGAAAAAAUUGCUACUGAUGAAAAAUUAUUGUCUAAUGAACAAAAACAUUGA